AUGUCUGGCCCUUUGGCAGUCGAUAUAGUCGAUAGUACCCUAAAAUACACAUCUCACGCAGGUGCUGAGUAUGUGAUUGACUUCAACGACAUUCUCUGCGUCUUGUCCAAUCCACCCACGUACAGUGUGCUGUUCUUUCAGAAAACCGAACUGGAUGGCCCCAAGUCCGAAGACUUUUCUUUAAAAAGGAUCGAUAUCGAGUCUCUGCCUGCAGAAUUAUCUCCAUUUGUGACCAAAGUUCCCAGCCAUCUUCGGAACGAAGAUGAACCACCUAUCGUCCAGGUGGUAGUAUCUACUGGAUCAGGAACGGGGAAAUCCAAGACAGUCUUUGAAGAUGUUGUGCGGCCACUUCUUACAUAUGUUGGGUUAGAAAAUUACGAGCUCUACGAGACGCAGUCGGCGCAAACUAUCACCGAGCUCGCACGAUCGAAAUUCCUGGAGCGGGCUCAAAAUAGCGUCCCUCAGACCAUCAUCCUUCUUUCUGGCGACGGGGGUCUUAUCGACAUUCUUGAGGUUUUCUACAAAUCUAAGAAGAAGAUCGGCGUGUCUCCCAAUAUUGUGUUGAUGCCUUGUGGGACAGGGAAUGCUAUGGCAAGUUCUAUUGGAUUACGAUCGGGUCCGGUGCCGGGUCUUUCAACCCUCCUUCGAGGCAGCCCAUCAUCUAUACCAGUAUUUGCUGCCAAAUUCUCACCAGGCAGUCGAUUGGUCAUCGAUGAAGGUCGCCAGCGAGCCGAUAUCGACACCGAUGUUCACCACACAUUAUACGGGGCCGUUGUUGCGAGCUGGGGGCUCCAUGCUGCAUUGGUUGCAGACAGCGAUACAUUCGAAUAUCGCAAAUUUGGAGUAGAUCGUUUCAAGAUGGCCGCAAAUGAGCUACUUAAUCCCUCAGACGGCACUCCGCCUCACAAAUUCAAAGGCAAAAUCACAUUAACCACCUCGAAUGGGCUAAACGAGGCGCGUUCCCAAGAAGCAGUGGAAGAGCUCGAGCACAUGUAUACGCUCGCUACACUCGUUCCACGACUCGAGAAGGACUUCUUGAUUUCCCCAGACUCAGUUCCCCUGGACGGACAAAUGAGGUUCAUCCGCUUCGGUCCUAUGUCAGCCGAAGACGCGAUGCAGCUGAUGACUCUAGCCUAUCAGGGCGGUCGGCAUGUGAUGGAAGAUACGGUUACCUACGCCAACACUGAACAAGUUCGAAUCGAUUUCCAAGAAGAUGAGGAGAGGUGGCGACGAGUUUGUAUUGAUGGAAAGAUCGUUGCUGUGGAAAAAGAUGGUUGGGUGGAAAUUCGGAAAGAACCUACCCGUUUACUGAACUUGAUCAAUUAG